UCAAGACGCUGGCUCAAGCCGGAUUGCAUCAAGGUGUCCACGGGUCUGUUGAUUCAUCGAACUGCUACGGGCAUUCACCCAGACAUCUUCCGUCGUGUUUUUCACGACGUGGUUCCCAUGGGUCUGGACCCCUUCGCAGCACCUGCUUUUCAUCCUGAGUCGUUUUUUGAUGGCCUUGGGGCUCGGUGAGGCCCUUGGAGGCGGAAGAUCGACGCAAAAUACGUCGCUUUCUUCCAGCCAUGAGAGGAUGCCUGGCAGCUCUCAGCCCGAGCGCCUUCAUAACUGAACAUGGCUCUCCGCGGGCUCCGCGCGAUUACCGUGCCGCUCGGGAUCGCGGCCCUGCUGGCGCCUGCCGCGGCAGGCCCGGCGGCUUGCGCGGACGCCGAGGAGGCCGACGACGUCGGCUUGCUCCAGUCCCCAGAGGACCGGCGCACAGGCAGUCGAAGGCGGAUGUCCAGGAGGUGUUCCCGCAGUGCAAGAUCGCGUUGCAAGCGUGUGGCUGCCUCGGCGCUACAGACACGUCGGUCAUCCAGCCGACAGAGGCGAUGUCGACGUUUGGGCCCGGGGUAAACACGACCGUUUUCAAGUUUACUUGCACCGACAGUGUUAACAGCUCUUGCCUCGUGUAUAGCCCGCCAGGUCCCAAAAUGCAUUGUCUGGCACUGGAUUCGUGUGACGGUGGACAGGUUGCUCCGUACAAUAUGAACUGCGUCGUCUUGAACAGAGGUUCGAUGAAGUUCACGUGCUGUUCUGAUUCAACCCCAGGGUGGCAAAGCUGCCCCAGUUGCAACGGUAACCCUUUUCGUUGAGCUUGUGAGUCCGACUUGCGGAGGAGGAGGAGGUAGGAGGAGGAGGAGGAGGAGCCAAAGACGCGUUCGACGGAGCUUGUGAAUCCGACUUGCGCUCGGAGCACGGCUGCGUCGUGCUCCCUGCCCCGGCGCCAGGACGAGUUCCGUGGUUACCCUGAGGAGGAGGAAGAGGAGGUGCCAGUUUCUAAUCUCAAACCCUCUGAUCUCUUAGGGGGCUAUUCAGGAAUCGCGCGCGCCAGAUGCCCUUGGCGAAGUUUCUUCGAGGUGCUUCGCAGAUUCGUGCGACGCUCCUGCUCUGAAUCUUGCGAGCGGCCUCCUCCUCCUCCUCCUCCUCCUCCUCCUCUUUCUCCUCCUCCUCCUCCUC